AGCUCUGAUGCCCCUGCUGCUGGUUCGUGUUCAUUCAUAAGUAGUCGAAUUUUCUUUGUGUACGGAUGUGCGUCUUGACGAAAGCGAAUCGGAGUGAGCAGAGUACCGAGAUUGGCUGACGGAAUCCUCUUUUGUGGCUGCACCCGUGUGAGAGAUUGUGAGGAAUGUGCUGAAUUUUCUGUGUGGAAUUCGAAAUUUCUUGCUGAAUAGUGUGUUCCCGUGGUUGAAAAAUGUCCUCUUGUGUUGUAAACUGAGGAAAGUUGCUCAAAUUUUGUCGUUUUGCGCGGAGAACCCGCAGCGCACGGUGGGAGAAAAAUAUUUUUUAAUCGCUGGUUUGGUGGCAAUUGGAAGAAAAAGAAGAAGUUGAUUUCCCUGUGGUUGCUUGCUGUGUGUGAAGAAAAAACUAAAGUUUUGACGAAAAAGGUUGUUCAGACGGAGAAGAGAAAAUUAUUUCAUAGCUGAUGAUUCCAAAAUUGUUACUCGUGAUAAGGGAGGAAAAGUGGAAUGGAACGUAAUUGAAUUGCGCGAUUGAAAAAAGCAAAAGUCUGUACGAAAAAAUGGUGUAAUAGGAGAGAGUGAAAAUAUAUUGCGCCACCGCCUUUUUCUGCUACCGAGAGGAAGGCUUGUACUUUCGGUGGUCCAUCAUCUGCAGCUGUCCCUUUUUGCAAAAGGGCCCAAUCCAAGUUGCAGUCGAGGGAGCUGAUCCUCUGGGGCGGAUUUUCGCAAUCGCAGCAGGCUUUUAUUUACAGCGCCAUUAAUGAUGGAUCCUGCCACUGUUGGUGGUAAACGCCCAUAAAAACCAGAUUGCUACGAUAAGAUGCCAUUGCGUCGCGACGGCCUUUCGGGCAUUCGGUGUGUUUGUUGCAUUUCGAUGUAAAUAUAGGCAGUUCGUAGGAAGAGGAAGGAAGUGCACAAUUAUUUGCACAUCUUGAGCGAAAAUCUGUUCGCGGCCAAUAAUUGAAGUGAAGAGGUGAAGUGUUCAGCACGGGGCGAAUCUAGUGUUUCGAGUGUAUAAGUUGGUUGCCAUAGUAUUUGGCUAACAACGGCGCGGCGCUUCGAAUAUCUGUCAGUGUGUUCGUGGCCUGCUAUUAAUAUUUGAGAAAAACAAAAUCCUAGCCGACCAGGAUUAUACGAAAACUGUCGCUGCUCACAAGUGAAAAUGACCGACAAAAUUACCAAAUUCGAAAGGAUGGCGAUGACCAAGCCGGUUCCGAUGAAACUGUUUGCUGCAUGGGAAGUGGACCGUACACCAUCCAAUUGCAUUCCAAGAUUAUGCUCCCUGACGAUAACCCGUCUGUCAUUGCUCACACCACUGCCACCCGAUCUCACGUCACUGUCGCUAGCGGUAAAAAUGCAGAGUUCCAAGCGCACGCUUCGUUCACAUGAGAUUCCAGUACCCCAAUCGCUGAGCACCGGUUACGGCAGUACCAUCGGUAGCGGAAAUAUGGGUGGUAGUGCGCCUGGUGUCAUCGGCCAGGGAGGGCAGCUCAAUUCACCUCCCCUGUUGGAAACAGAACUCGAUCUCCAUUUCAGUCUGCAAUAUCCCCACUUUAUCAAAAGGGAUGGCAAUAGACUGUUGAUUUUGCUGCAGCGACGGAAGAAAUAUAAAACUCGUACUAUACUAGGUUAUAAAACGCUAGCUGAAGGUGUGAUCCGGAUGGAUGCAGUUUUACAGAAAUCAAUGGAUAUGACGGUAGAACUCAACGGAUCUGGGAAAGCAGGUCGUCAAGGGCUGACGAUAGCCACUCUUCGUGCCACUCAGGUCUCUUCCAUUCCAGUGGAUCAAGACAAUAAAAAUAAUAACAGUCUGCUAGUUACGGACCGCGUCAAUGAGUAUUCCGACGAGGAUGAAGAGCAGGAAUUCAGUUCUGGGGACGACAAUGACGAUGGUUUAUCCGGAUAUGCAGCGAAACGGAAUUACGCAGGAAAGCGAGAUCCAUAUAAGAAAUUCGAUCGGGGUGACAACGAUGGCGAUGGAGAUGAUGGGAAUUUGCUACCAUCUAAUCAGGUGGACAGUGACAGCGAUUUUGAAAAUUUAGCUAAAGAAAAAGGAUCUCGAGCCAAAAUGAGUCGGCAACGAAAUUUUAAACAACGUAUCAUAUCAUUACUGAAGCGGUUCAAAGUUCCUGAUGAACUGGAAGGGGAUGUUCCGGAACGUGGUCAAUCACUGCGAGGCAAGCGAGAUCUUGAUGCUUUGUUUCAAGAAUUGGAAUCCUUGUCCUGUGGAGAAGGCGAUGAUUCUGGACAGGACAUGGAUAGUGUGUCCAUAGGAUCUACACCAAAACCAUCAUUGAGGCCAUUCUUCGAAAAUCCCAAACCCACAUUGCAACAUCAACAGUCCGCUGUCCAAUUGAGUUCGCUGCAGAAAAGCACCCGAGAUUUUAUGCCUGAAAAGAAAACCAUUUUAGAGAAGCGUGACUCACUCGUCGAAAAGAAAAGCAAUGCAGUAACAAUUGCCAAUAAUCUAAAUAACAGUAUGAACAACAAUAUCUGUAAUAACAAUCAUACUAGCAAUUACAGUAAUAGUCUGAGUAACAGCCAAGACCGUUCGGGCGAUUGGAAAAACGAUAGUUCCGGCAAUGAGGGUGGCGCUGGCAAUACGGAUCCUGAAGCAUUAUCAUCGGAUCCACAGAAUACUGGCAGUCCGCCGAAAGAGAAAGAGCAAACCACUGUAGAGAAGAAGAAUCGUUUAUUUCGCACCAGCAGUAGCACACCCAACAGUGCCAAGAAGCAGAAGCAAUCCCUUAGUUUUUCAUCCGGCGAUCAACCUAAAACAUCUCUUGAGACUUGUCUUUCGCCAACAAACGUAGAACCCCGCAAAUCACUUCUGGAGCAACUGUCACGCAUUUUCACUACCGAAGAGUCCCAGCUACCGGAUGUGGUUACAAUUAUUGGCCCGCCGGAAGCCAGCAGUAGUUCUUCUCUUACACCCCGGCUAGUGUCACUCAUAUCAUCGACAUUUCGGCCCACUUUCUCUCCUAAUAACACGGCCGAAGUGAAAGCAAUCACACAAGCUCUCAUGAACAAAAUUCAAAAAUACUGUAACUCGACGGCCAAGCCUCCAACGACUGUAAAAGUUUUGCUGGUUGGCGGUGAUUGGUUGCAGGGAGCAGUAUUGCGCCAUUAUGUAGAGCUACUUGGAAUUCGUCCGCCGGAUUGGGUAAAUCAUAUCAGAUUCUACAUUGUUCCAAUUGGUUCCUGCGGAGUGGCACGGUAUCUAAGCUUGAUCGAUUCGAGCUACUCCAACAUGUUCGGAACGGAGAACUGGCUACAAAUCUGUGAUCGGGCUGCUAACCUCGAGAGCGCACAAUCGAAAAUUGAAUCAGCGGAAAUCAUCAGCCGAAUACAACGCUAUUUGCAUUCUUCGGGACCUUGCACACAAGUUCCUAUCGCAGAAGCAAUGGUUAACUAUCGGGAUGAAGAUUCUUGCCAGAUAUUUGUCCCGUUCAUAAGUGAUGUUAGGAUAGGAUGCAUGGAAGGGCCCCAACUUUCCCUAGAUUUGGAAGAGACCAUGACACAAAAUUCGCAGCAAAGCUCGGAUCGAAUUUUAUCAAGCUCCCCUCCACAAAGUGGACGAGCGUCACCUCCUGCUCCAACAACGCCAGCUCCCAUAAUGCAACACCAGUCGAACAGUAGCGGAAGCCCACAAGAGUCAGUAGAACUACAGGUGGAUUAUUGGCCGUUGGCUCGGCCGAUUUUGGACGCGAAAGAAAAGUCCCAAAGUAAGGGUCAGGACCAGUCUGGCAAGAACAGUAUUAAGAGCACCUUCAGACAUCUUCAGGUUUGGAGACUACCACUUGCACCAAGUAAUGGCGAAUACACCAAUGGUCUAACUCUUAGUUAUGCCACCAAGGAGAAAAAGCAAAAGAGUGUUAUGCGACUUGGCAAAAAGAAGGAAAAGGAUCGUGAUGCCGAAAAAGAGCAGUGUGUCGAAGGUGUCGCUAGACUUAUCUGUUCUCCGAAACAAUCCCAUCCAGUUCCUUUGCGAGUUUACAUUGACGGUACCGAGUGGACAGGGGUGAAGUUCUUCCAACUUUCAUCUCAGUGGCAAACACAUAUCAAAAAUUUUCCAAUCGCCUUGGUUGGAGCACCGCUCGCUCCGGCUGAGAUGUUAACCUAGUCAGCUUCUUCAUCCACUGCGCUGGCGACUGUUGCUAGGUCCGGCAUGAUGACGCAGAGUUCCGCCAUCGUGACAGCUCUUCCACCAGCCCCGCCGCAGGGAUCGUCAUCAUCGUCCAUGAUUACCGCAUCGCAAUCUUCUACUACUGGUAAGUCAGGUAAAAUUCGCUGCUCCUCCACUACGUUCGCCAUCACAGGGGCUCCUAAUAUUAGUACUAAUGUUAGUAAUACAAAAGGUAGCGUUAGUGGUAGCAAAAAUUCUAUCACUCCUCGGGCCUCACUUGGCAGUUCAUCUCGGAUUUUGAGACCCCGCAGCUGGGCUGCUGCUAGCCGAUCUCGAUGCGACUAAAUAGAACAACCGAUAUCAAUCACCAUCAAUACAUGUUUUGUGUAUAACGCUAUACGCUACCUUGUAAGGCUGUUUAGUAGAAAAAAAUGUUGCAAGUCAAUUUUAAAUGGCUACGCUCAAAAUUAUGCGAUUACUAUAGGAAAAGGCGUCCAAGUAGCGGGCAAUGCUAUCGAUUUGUAUUUUUUUUGUAUAUGAAAACUGCAGUCUCGUUUCAGAAAGAGCAACCUAGUUUCGUGUAUAUUGUUGUGUUGAGUUAAUUAUUACACUAGUUGAAAACUGUUGACCUACAAAAUUGUAUUUUUUGCGAUAAAAAUUUCAAAACUUAUACUUGAAACAACAUUUCAGUAUAUUAUCACAGCUGUUCACAAUGCAUACUCAUAGAUUACAUAAAAAAUAAAAUCUACAUAUAUUUUCCAGUCCAGUGUCAGCGUUUCCUUCAAACGUUUACCUAGUUCACUCCUAGAUUCGUUUGCUUUAGGGUUUGGUGAAGUGACGUUUUUCAAAUUGUUUCUAAUAGUUAUACAAAUUUUAUCAGGUGUCGAAAUUAUAUUUACAUUUUAUUUCGUUAGGGAAUAAUUAACUGCCCUUAAUUUGGAAGCUCUAGAUUUUUCGUAAAAUUUUAUCGGAUUUGGUCAUGUCUGCAUUAUUUCUGCUGUUGUAACAAUCACCUAGAUUGCAUUCAUAUUUUCCCCUAAUCUUGUGACGGUUCGUAAAAAUGGAAAUAUCCCGGGGGAUCCCCGAAGUAUCCCAUUUUAUAUAAUGCUGUUCGGCAUAAUUGGGCAUUCCUAACAUGAACUCAAAUGCUUGUUGAAAACCUUGAGCUACGCCUGAAAAUUUGUGAUUUGUGUGAUAUUUGUAUUAACCUGUUUCAGUAGAAGCUGCAUGGUCGAAAUAUUCUGAUCUUUCCCAAGGUUUUUUUUAGAGUGACGCUCACGUGAAAAAAAAAACUUUUGUAUUUUCGGCAGUUUUGUUCUCUUCUUCAAGGGGGGUUUUUUGAAGCCUGUUGAUCUCAGAGUUGGCCUCAAAUUCUUCCCAACCAAGCUGAGUUAUAUGCCAAGAUUUCAGGCAAUUUGGCCCACAAAACCAACCAUGACGAAGAGAACAAACCUGCCGAUAAUACCCUUCGUCACCCUAUUAUACGAAUCAAAACAAAAUCUGCUUUGACGACUACUUUUACCUACCUGCCCCGCCUACACCUAUUGUAUUUUUUUUUAAAUUAAAGAGGUUCUGUAUACUUUCAGAAAUCUCGAAACGGAAUUUUUAAGACGGUGAACUUUGUCAGUUGGCAUGUUUAACUUGGUAUCCUAUAAAAUUCGAUGCCAAAUUGGUUAUCGUAGUUUCUUAUAUCAAUUUAUAAAUAUUACUUCCCAAGCGACAAGUUAUUCAAUCCAACAAUUAAUAAGAAAAAAAAUCUACUGUGCACAAUUGUAGUAUUUUUGUUAUUUCUUCUGACGAUACUCUUACUUUUUGCUCUGCAUCAUCGCAAUUUCUAUUAUUCGUCAAAAACAUAUUAUGAUCUUCUCUUUCUGAAAUGGUCGCCUAUUAGUUCGCUAGCAAAUUCGCAUAUUUUGACAUAAGCCUAGUUGAGUUUGUUUCGAUUUGAUGAAACAUAAAUUCUUUCAAUUGUGAUAUAAUUAAAAUGAAUAGGAAAAGUGAGACAUUAGAUUCAAGGCCUCAGUUGCUGAUCUUUCGAAAUUGUGAAAGCUAGUCUCUCAUAUUAAGGAAGUGUUACGAAAAUAAUCGAAAAAAAUAUUAAAAAACGGAAACCGAUUUGACUGAUAGUGUUUUGAGCACGCACUGGAAGGUUAGUUAAACCAAUCUGAAAACAAUAAAUAAUGACAUAGAAGUAUGGAAUCAUUGUGAAAUCGCCAGGGUAUUGAUUAUUCGUGUUAUAUUGGAGAAAAAAAAAUAAGCAUUGUUCCCGAAGUGUAUCUGUAUAUACUUACCAUAUCCUGUUUCUACCUUACCAGUGCUACGGUUCUAUCAUACAUGCAAUUCGCACUAGGAAUAAUUCCUAGUGGACUACUUAUUCAUUGUUCAAGAAAGCAUCACAACAUUAGAUACAUAAUCAUACAUUGGUAUCAAAUACAAGCAAUGAGUCAACUGCUUUUCUCUUUGCAAAAAAAACGUAACUAUGAAACACAUCUUACGAGUACUAUUGCAGUAUCUUCUAGCCCAUACACACAAUAUAUCUUACAUGUAGGAACAAUCCGUAUGCUCAUUAUCUAGGGCAAAUGUUAGAAUAACAUGAAAAUCAUUUCAAAUCGCCAUAAAUGCGUAGUAUUAAGAUUCAUCAAAAACAUACACAACACACAGUAAGCGAAAGCAUAUUUAGACAUAUGUAGUAGUAUACCAUAAGUCGUCAAACAGCAAUGCAUAAAAAAUAUAUGAAUAUAGAAAAUAAAUGUGAUUUUUUUGUUAUUUACAGAAAAAAA